UCCCUUCUUUGAAGUUCUAACUGUUGGUCAUACUCGUUCGUUCCCCCUUCUCUCCUCUGCGACUCCCGAAAUGGGGAGGCCACUAACAUGGCUUCUCGUCUUCCUCGCCGUCCCCGGGCUUACUCCGACUGCCUCCACUGACGGUGCUGCGUUCCACGGCGACUAUUCGAAGCUAUCUGGCAUAAUCCCCGGCUUUGCAUCUACUCAGCUGCGAGCUUGGUCAAUUCUUGACUGUCCUUACUCUCCGCUCGAUUUCAACCCUCUCGAUUUGGUCUGGCUCGACACUACCAAACUUCUUUCUGCUGUCAAUUGUUGGCUAAAGUGCAUGAUGCUGGACCCGUACAAUCAGACAGAUCACCCUGAUUGUAAAUCUCGUCCGGAUAGUGGUCUUUCUGCUAUUACAGAACUUGAUCCGGGUUAUAUAACAGGUCCUCUUUCUUCAGUAUGGAAAGAAUGGAUCAAGUGGUGCAUUGAAUUUGGCAUAGAAGCUAAUGCAAUUAUUGCUGUUCCAUAUGAUUGGAUGGCACCAUGUAUUCUAGAAGAACGAGAUCUUUAUUUUCAUAAGCUAAAAUUGACCUUUGAAACUGCUUUUAAACUUCGUGGUGGCCCCUCUAUAGUUUUUGCCCAUUCACUGGGUAAUCAUGUCUUUCGAUAUUUCUUGGAGUGGCUAAAGCUAGAAAUUGCACCUAAACAUUAUAUUGAAUGGUUGGAUCAACAUCAUGCCUAUUUUGCUGUUGGAGCUCCUCUUCUUGGUGCAACUGAGACCAUUGAAGCAACACUUUCUGGAUUUACAUCUGGUCUUCCAGUUUCUGAGGGAACAGCUCGAUUGAUGUUCAACUCGUUUUCUUCAUCAUUAUGGAUGAUGCCUUUUUCCAAGUACUGCAGAGUAGAUAAUAAAUAUUGUAAGCAUUUUUCUGGGGGAAGUAAUGUAGGCCACCACACAUAUCGCUGUGAUGAGCAGGAGUAUCGUUCAAACUUCUCUGGAUGGCCAACAAACAUAAUCAAUAUCGAAAUUCCUUCAACCCGUGGAUUUGAAGCAUAUCCAUCAGUAUCUGAAAUGCCUCCGCCCAACUUGACAAGUAUGGAAUGUGGACUACCUACUCAAUUAUCUUUCUCUGCUCGUGAAAUAGCAGAUGGCACGUUUUUUAAAGCAAUAGAAGAUUAUGACCCUGACAGUAAGAGGCUCAUGUUCCAGUUAGAGAAAUCAUAUCUUAGUGAUAACAUUCUCAAUCCACUAACACCUUGGGACCGUCCACCAAUACGAAAUGUCUUCUGCAUUUAUGGCAUUGAGUCAAAGACUAAGGUUGGCUACUACUUCGCUCCAAGUGGCAAGCUGUACCCUGAUAACUGGAUUAUUACAGACAUCAUAUAUGAGUAUGAAGGAUCUCUAAUUUCAAGGUCAGGGAAUCUAGUUGAUGGGAAUCCUGGAGCCACCAGUGGAGAUGAGACGGUACCAUACAAUUCUCUUUCCUGGUGCAAAAACUGGCUUGGACCAAAAGUGAACAUAACAAGAGCUCCCCAGUCAGAACAUGAUGGGUCCGAUGUACAAGUUGAAUUGAAUGUGGAACAUCACCAUGACAAAGAUAUUGUUCCAAACAUGACAAAGUCACCCAAGGUUAAGUACAUAACCUUCUAUGAAGAUUCUGAAAGUAUUCCUGGAAAGAGGACAGCAGUUUGGGAGCUUGACAAAGCAAAUCACAGGAACAUUGUUAGAUCACCAGCUCUAAUGAGGGAGUUGUGGCUUGAAAUUUGGCAUGAUGUUCAUCCCCAUGCAACAUCGGAUUUUGUAACAAAAGCUAAGCGUGGACCUUUAAGGAAUGACGACUGUUAUUGGGAUUAUGGAAAAGCACGCUGUGCAUGGCCAGAAUAUUGUGAAUAUAGGUAUGUUUUUGGGGAUGUUCAUCUUGGACAGAGUUGCAGGUUGAGAAAUACUUCAGCUGAUCUGUUAUUGCAUUAUUUGUAAAUAACAAGAGGCCGGACGGGUUACCUCUUAGCAAUGUAUGCUACUGGACGACACACGAAUAUGACAUGCAAUUUGGUGAUUUCCUCCACACGACAGACUAGUAAGGCCACUUAUGAACAUCAGCGUUAACAUGCAAAUUAUUUGGCUGGAAUUUUCGUUCAAAAUCUCAGCUUCCAAAUUAAAUCUGGACAUAUUCAUCAACGUUUUCUGCUCCCAUUUCCCUCAGCGGCUCCUCUAACUGUUGUAAUUUCUAUUAGCUUCUGAUUUGCGUCUUGCGAUUCAAAAGUCAUUUUUUCCGCUUGUUAGUUUGUUGCUCAAGCGCGGAUUACACUUCAAAGUUCGGGCUGGAGUAGAUAGUUCCCCAUUGCCAUCCUGGCGUCUGCGGAAUAAUACAGCCCUUUGGUAUAUCUGUAUUUUCCCCAUUCAUACAGACAACAUACAGGAUCUAUAGUCAUAUGUAGUCCGUUGUCGCAAGAAACGUCACGCGGGAAAGGGAUGUUAAUUGUUACUGUUGCACUCUUAUCAGAUCAUAGAAAGUUUUCCAGUAUUAUCUUCCUAUUAUGGGUCUUUUGGCCGCUAUUA